AUGUCGGGUUGCCAACCCGGUCUCACUGCACGUACGGACGAAAAAAAUCGCGCCAUCUUCGCCCGCCAAUCGCGUCGUAACCGCGCCUUUUCGACGCUACACCUCGAACUGGGCCCCGCCCACGGCGCCGCACUAGCGCCGCGAGCCCCAUACGAGCGGCGCGAACCGGAACUAAUCAGAGCGAGACGGCACCACUCUGGGCCGUUCGUCUCUCGGACAAUUUGA